UAAUAAUAAAAAGUUUCGAACCUUCACUUUUCAUUUUCAUUAUUUUGCACACUCUCUGACUCGAACACUUCUCUUCUACCAAAUCAAAACUAAAUGGAGGACCAUCAUCAUCAAAACCACCCACAGUACGGUAUAGCGCAACCAUCACCUCUUCAUUUCUCAUCUGAUCUCUUCGGCUUCAACCUCAUUUCGGCACCGGACCAGCACCAUCGUCUUCAUCAUAUGACCGACCAUGAGAUAAGUUUUUUGCCACGUGGCAUACAAGGUCUUACGGUGGCUGGAAACAUCAGUAACGCUAUAGUAGCGAGCACAAGUAGUACUCGUGGUGGGUUUAGUGGCUUUACCGACGGGGGAGGAACAGGGAGGUGGCCGAGGCAAGAGACGUUGAUGUUGCUAGAGGUCAGAUCUCGUCUUGAUCGCAAGUUCAAAGAAUCCAAUCAAAAGGGUCCUCUUUGGGAUGAAGUUUCUAGGAUUAUGUCGGAGGAACAUGGGUACACUAGGAGUGGCAAGAAGUGCAGAGAGAAGUUCGAGAAUCUCUACAAGUACUACAAAAAGACAAAAGAAGGCAAAGCGGGUCGACGUCAAGAUGGUAAGAACUAUAGAUUCUUCCGGCAGCUUGAAGCGAUCUACGGCGAGUCCAAAGACUCGAUUUCUUGCUAUGACAACACGCAGUUCCUAAUGACUAAUGCUCUUCACGAUUUUCACGCUCCCAACAUUCAUCAUAACGCUGUCCCUCAUCAUCAGAAGCCCUUGAGCAAUACUCAAAGCCUUAGCAUUUCUAACAAUUUGAACUCCUCCUCGGAGUUGGAUCUAACUUCCUACUCUGAAGGAAACGAAUCUACUAGAGGGAAGAGGAUGAAUUGGAAGGAAAAGAUCAAGGAAUAUAUUGGUAUUCAUAUUGAGAGGUUGAUAGAGAAGCAAGAUUUUUGGCUUGAGAAGUUGAUGAAGACUGUGGAAGACAAAGAACAUCAAAGGAUGGUUAGAGAAGAGGAAUGGAAAAGGGAUGAAGCAGCAAGAAUCGACAAGGAACGUCUGUUUUGGACAAAGGAAAGGGAGAGGAUGGAAGCUCGGGAUGUCGCCGUGAUCGAGGCCUUGAAGUACCUGACGGGAAAGGCAUCGAUAAGGCCGAACUCUUCAUCCCCUACAGAGAGGAUUCAUGGGAACAUAAGCGAUCAAACGAUGGCAGAUGAAGAAAAUAAGAGCAAGAUGGAGAAAAAAGAAGUAAAUAAGAAAAGGAAAGAGACUUGGUCAAGCCACGGUGGGAAUCAUUCGAGAAUCAAAGACAGUAUGAUGAUAUACCAAAAUCAAGAAACUAGAAUUAACGAUUGUAGUCGAGAUGAUGAGCAAGGCCACCAUGAAGGUUAUAUACCUUCAAACUCCAAGGAAGGAAACCCUAGCUGCGACAUUGCCAUGCCGGCUAGUCCUACAAACUGUUUUCCAUUGCUCGUUGGAGAUGGAGAUCAAAACUCGUGGGAGGGUUAUGGUUUGAAGCUAAGGAAAGAAGAUAAUCCUCAGUAAAGGUAGCUACUUAUGCCAUUCUCAGAAUGAAGAAUAAACGGUACUUAAUUAGGAAAGAUGUCAUGCGUGGCUAAACCGUGAGGAAUAAAUAACAGUGAAAUUAGUAUAAGAUAAAAAGACUUUAUAUAUAUUAAAUUAGGGGUUAACCAAUGAUAACGUUUAUUUACGACCAAUGAUCAUGUAUUUAAUUGGUUUUGUAAACUAAAAUUUGUAUUGUCUAAAUAUUAAAUCCUUUUUUCUA